AUGGAGCUGCAGGGCCUGGACAGGAAGUCGAAGGAGAGGUUUUUUGUGAAUGACGCUGCCGACUGGCAACCCGCUGCAGAUGCCGAGGGAGACAAGGCCAAGCUGCGCGAAGUGCUGCGGCGAGAGGCGGUGCCGCAGCUCGAAGCGCACAUCCAGCGCGUCCUGACCCUGGUCGAGACCAAGUGGCCGCCCUCCACCCGCAUCAUCGAGUACGUCUACAACACCACACGCGCGGCCGGGGUGGCGUUGCUGCACCUGCACCUGGGGCACCUGGACCACGCUCGCCAGUAUAUCAAGACCGCGCUCAGGCUCACACGCGCACGCCAUGAGCGCCACCCCGACCGGAAGAAGGGGAUCAGCUUUGUCACGGGUGACGCCGGCGUCUACGCCGUCGCUGCCGCUAUCUACCACGCCCUGGGCCGAACUGAGAAGUCGAGGCACUACGUGGACCAGGUGGAGGCCAUCUCGGCUCAAUUUCUCCCCGUGGACAGGCACUGGGGCGAAUGGGAGCUGCUCUAUGGAUGCGCAGGCUACAUGUACGCGCUCCACUUUGUCAAGCGCUACACGGGCCGGGACAUUGCCACGGCCCUGCUAGCCAAGCUGGUGCCGGCGGCUCUGGACUACGGCAAACGGUACGCCGCACAGAUGCCAAGCGACCGCAACACGCGGCGGCCUCCAUUGAUGUACGCCUGGCACGAAAAGGAGUACUUGGCCGUCGCGCACGGCCUCAGCGGCAUUCUCAUGGUUCUGCUGAUGCGGCCCGAGCUUCUCGACGGGUGGCGGGACGAGGAGAGCGGCAAGACGGGCCGACUGCUGGUGGAGGAGACGAUCCACUGGCUGAUCACGACCAAGUUGCCCAGCGGCAACUAUCCGACCCGCAGCGACGGUGAAGGUGAUCGUCUCGUACAGUGGUGCCACGGCGCACCAGCCAUCGGCCUGCUCUUGCACCGCGCUUACGAGGUCUACGGCAAAUCAAUCUACCUCCACGAGGCGGAAGCCGUGUCGGAUGUCGUGUGGGCGCGCGGCCUGUUGCGUAAGGGCGUGGGGCUGUGUCACGGCAUCUCGGGCAACGCCUUCCUCUUCCUCUACCUGUUCCGGGCCACGCGGAGCGCGAAGUACCUGCACAGGGCCUGGGCGUUCGCCCGGUUCUCCCUCUCGGACGAGUGCGCUAGGGAGGCGUGGAACAAGCCGGACGAGCCUUACUGCCUCUUCAAUGGGCUUGCAGGCUCGGCCUGGUUCAGCGCCGAUCUUCUACGCGUGGCGAAGGCUGUCGUGGCACGAGCCGAAGCCCAGCUGGACGAGGCGCUCAACGCCUUUUUCUUUCCCGCCUGCGACGUAGCUUGA